AUGUCGACUUUGCUGGAAUCUGCGCUGAACACUGACCCUCUCGCUCCGCCUUCCUCAAUCAGACGCUCCGGCGAUCUACCCUCCUCUUCUAGACCCCGCCCACCCCCUUCAGAGAGCAAUGGCCUUCCUUCAGAAGGUAAUAUCUUCGAGGACGACGAGGUGGCGGCGCCUGCGCGGAACCGAAACGCGAAUCCUUUAGACCGCAACGUACAGAAAGUCGAGGACAAGACAGGUUUGGCGGUUACAAAAGCCUUUGAACAAUUUCUCGAGUCGCACGUCGAAGAGCCCUCUUCUUCGGGUCUGCCACCUUCCAGCGAACUCAAAACGGACAAAUACUACAUUAACCAGAUUCAUGGGCUACGAGAAUUCCAACUCUCGACCUUGUACGUCGACUACAAGCACAUCCUAGCCUCGAAGGAGGGCUCAAUUUUGGCCUCUGCUAUUUCGGCGUCAUACUAUCGCUUCCUGCCAUAUUUGACCAGAGCUCUUCACAACCUUCUCCAGAGAUAUGAGCCGGUCUACUUCAAGGACCAUCGUCAGAUGAUGAGCACCUCGUCACAGGCCAAUACUUCUCUUGCUGGCAACGCUGCUAGCGAUGCAAGUACAACUGCAGAAAAAAUCACCAGUCAACAGACAGACAAACUUUUCACUGUCGCUUUCUACAAUAUCCCCCUUGUGACAAGGGUACGUCAGCUACGGACGGAGCAGAUUGGCCGCCUGGUCUCCAUAUCAGGAACCGUCACCCGCACCUCAGAAGUGCGCCCAGAGCUGGCAUACGGAACAUUCAUCUGUGAGAACUGCAAUGCAGUGGUUCCAAACGUAGAGCAGACAUUCCGCUACACUGAACCCAACAUCUGUCCCACCAUUACUUGCGCAAACAAAAUCGGCUGGCGUCUAGACAUCGCCAACUCAAUCUUUGUGGACUGGCAGAAAUGCCGUAUCCAGGAGAACUCUUCGGAAAUUCCCACCGGCAGUAUGCCGCGAACAAUCGAUGUGAUACUUCGUGGCGAGCAAGUCGAGCGGACGAAGCCUGGCGAGAAGUGUGUUUUCACAGGCACGCUUAUCGUCGUCCCUGAUGUCUCUCAACUUGGUGUGCCGGGUGUGCGACCCGAGGCAUCGAAGGAUAACCGUGGGUUUAGAGGUGCCGAUGAAGGAGGUUCGGGCGUCAGUGGUCUCAAAGCGCUGGGCGUAAGAGAUUUGACCUACCGAAUGGCUUUUCUGGCUUGCUUCUCAUGUCCGGAUACGACCACACCUGGCCAGCCCAUGGGUGAAUUAUCCGGACAGUCCACUAACAUUCUCAACUCGCUGCACCAGAUCGACCUCAACGACACUUAUGAUGACGGCUCCCGCGCGCAGGAGGCAUUCCUCGAAACUCUUUCGUAUGCUGAGAUCGAGGAUUUGCGAGCAAUGGUUCACAGCGAGAAGAUUUAUGACCGCCUGGUCAAGUCUCUCGCGCCAACGGUCUAUGGCCACGAGAUUGUCAAAAAGGGUCUCCUCCUGCAGCUAUUGGGUGGUGUUUCCAAGAUGACCCCCGAAGGCAUGGCCUUGCGUGGCGACAUCAAUAUCUGCAUUGUUGGCGAUCCCUCAACCUCAAAAUCCCAGUUCUUGAAAUACAUCGCUUCUUUCCUGCCCCGGGCUGUCUAUACCUCAGGCAAAGCCUCCUCUGCCGCCGGUCUCACUGCAGCGGUCGUCAAAGACGAGGAGACCGGCGAGUUCACCAUCGAAGCCGGUGCCCUUAUGCUCUCCGAUUCUGGCACCUGCUGCAUCGAUGAGUUCGACAAAAUGGACAUCUCGGACCAGGUCGCCAUCCACGAAGCUAUGGAACAACAGACCAUCUCUAUUGCCAAAGCUGGCAUUCAUGCGACCCUUAACGCCCGCACAUCUAUCCUCGCCGCUGCCAAUCCCAUCGGUGGUCGCUACAACAAGAAGCAAACUCUGCGCGCCAACAUCAACAUGUCUGCGCCCAUCAUGUCGCGUUUUGAUCUCUUCUUCAUCGUACUCGACGAUUGCAACGAAAGUGUCGAUCGCCAUCUCGCAGACCACAUCGUCAAGCUACACAUGCUGAAGGACGCCUUUGUGCAGCCCGAGUUCUCCACCGAGCAGCUGCAACGGUAUAUCCGCUUCGCACGCACUUUCAAGCCCGUCUUCUCGCCCGAAGCCAAGGCACUACUGGUGCAGAAGUACAAGGAGCUGCGCGCCAACGACUCGGGUGGCGUAGGCCGUAACAGCUACCGCAUCACAGUCCGCCAGCUGGAGUCCCUGAUCCGCCUGAGCGAAGCCAUCGCCAAGGCCAACUGCGUCGAAGACAUCACCGAGCCCAUGGUCAUCGAGGCCUUCACCCUCCUCCGCCAAUCCAUCAUCAGCGUGGAGCGCGACGACGUCGAUGUUGACGACGACGACGACGACACGCCCGCUCCAACCACAAGCACCGCUCGCGACGGCGACUCUCCCAUGGCUGACUUCGACGCCGGCACCCCCGCAACCGCAGCCGCAGACGGCGACCGUACCACCCCCGCAGCUCCCACGCAACGCAUGAAGAUCACCUUCGAGAAGUUCGCGCGCAUGCAGCACGCGCUGGCGACGCGGAUCCGCGACCACGAGGAGGCCGAGGGCGAGGGCAUCGAGCACCAGGAGCUGGUGCAGUGGUACCUCGAGCAGCAGGAGGGCGAGCUGGAGAGCACGGAGAUGCUGCAGGCGGAGCUGCGCCUCGUGGGGAAGGUGCUCAAACGGCUGACGAAGGAUUCGAUCAUCAUGCCGAUCCGCGGCGAGGGACUGGUCGAUGAGGAUGGUGGCCCGGAUGGUGGCGCCCAGGGCAGCGAGCAGGUCGCGUACGUGCUGCACCCCAACUGUGGCCUUUUCGACGAGCCAUGA